UACCAUUUUAGUUUAUCGUAUCUUCCACAACGAAAACAACUCUCGUGUUCUAUUUUUUAGCCAGAAAUUCCCAGCUCAGUUCCGAAAGAAAACAAACAUUCAAUGGAGGCGAGCCGCAGGGACGUCUACAUACCCAUUAUCCUGGCAGUGAUGAUAGCCGAGUGUCGCCCGCUCACUGUGGACGACAUCGUCGAUGCAGUCAUGUCACUGCUCAAAUGUCUGCGCGAUCAAAUGGAUUUUGAGGAGGCCCUCUGUGGCGACCAUCGAGGACAGAGAACCAACAGCCAUAAAAUGUGAUCUUUAAAUUAUU